CACUAGGCUCGCGACCAUCGCUGCGCGCGCGUCAUCCGAGGACUGUGCGACUGCCUGUGAUAUACAACCAGUGAAAAGUUCAUGAACUGGGGUGUUGAAUUUGUUUGAACUAUCACUCGUGACGCUUACACAAAAUAUAUCCAGAGACACGUGAAUCCUUUGGGUACGCGCACAACAAGUGGUCAGAGCCGAGACGUCACCAGGACGGCGGCGGUUUGCACGUAGCGGUUGUGGAGCUUAGAUAACGAAUGUUGCCACGGCCCGAGAACACAAUGCGGCUUUUAAUAAGUUUAGUGUUAGUGGUGUAUGCCGCCGAAGCCGCGAAGAAAUUCGAGGGAACGUUAAGAUCGGCAGCGGAGGCGCCGCCGCAGGACAACAUCGCGGUGGAGUCCGCAUCGCCGGAGCCGGCUGUGGUGGCGGCGCCGCAAGAGUACAAAAACCCAGGGGCACCUCCGCCUCUGAAAUCCUCGACUGAAGCACCGGAAGCACCAGCACCAGUCCCUGAAACAGCGUCUGGCGGCGUUCCACCAUCCGCACCAAGCGGAGCCUCAGCGCCAUCCGCCCCAGCAAACUCUCUAGAGGAAUGUGACCCAGAAAUGAUCGGAUUUGAACUUGUCACUGGGUACGUGUUCUCGGCGCCGUCUCACAUACUAGACGACAUCCCCGGCACUCUGAUGUUGACCGACUGCCUGGAGCAGUGCCAGGCCAACGACACCUGCCGCGCCGUCAACUACGAGACCGGCCUCUGUGUGCUGUUCAGCUCCGAUGCCGACCAGCUGCCCGGUGCGCUAACAAAGUCCCAGUUCCCGGUGUUCACUAUCUACGCGCAGAAGUCGUGUCUGGGCGUGCGUCCUUGCGAGCGUGCCUGGUGCUUCGAUAGAGUGCGCGGGUACCACCUUAAGGGACGAGGCAAGAAGACCCACGUCGUCGGCUCCAGGCAGAUGUGCCUAGACCUCUGCCUUGGGGAGAACGAAUUCGUUUGCAGAUCGGCCAACUACAACAACAAGACCGGGGAGUGUGUACUGUCCAACAUGGACCGUAUUACAUUGGCGGGAACCAACUCUUUCCAACCGAACGAAGACACGGACUACUUGGAAAACAAUUGUGUUGAAGAGCCUACCAAACUUUGCGAGUUCAAGAAAAUGGGGGGUCGCAUUCUGAAGACUGUCGACUCAGUAUAUCAAGACGUUCAAACAGUUGAGGAGUGCAGAGAGCUGUGUUUGAAUUCGCCAUUCCGUUGUCACUCGUACGAUCACGGUGACACAGGUGACCACGUCUGCCGUCUUUCCCAUCAUUUCCGUGCUACGCUCGCUGACAUCCAGGACCCAUACUUGGAAGUUCCCGAAGCGGCAACCUACGAACUGUCUUCGUGCUACAAUGUGUCAAUCGACUGUCGUGCUGGCGACAUGGUAGCACGCAUUCAAACAUCCAAACUUUUCGACGGCAAAAUCUACGCUAAAGGCAGUCCCAACUCUUGCGUCGUGGACGUUAAACAAAGUUUGGAGUUCGAGUUGCAUAUGGGAUACAAUAACAUUGAAUGCAACGUUAAACAAAACGGACUUGGCAGAUACUUGAACGAUGUAGUUAUCCAGCACCACGAUACGAUCGUCACAUCUUCGGAUCUCGGUCUCGCGGUCACCUGCCAGUACGACCUAACCAACAAGACGGUUGCGAACGAGGUCGACCUCGGAAUUCAUGGUGACAUUGAAACGGGACUCACCGAAGAGGUCAUCGUCGACUCACCCAAUGUAGCUAUGAAGAUCACAGACAGGAGCGGCGACGACACUAUUGCUUCUGCUGAAGUUGGAGAUCCUCUGGCUCUCAAAUUCGAAAUCAUGGAUCCGAGCUCACCGUACGAAAUCUUCGUCCGAGAACUGGUUGCUAUGGAUGGUGUCGAUUCCAGCGAAAUUACUCUUAUCGAUAGCGACGGUUGCCCCACCGACCACUUCAUCAUGGGACCGCUGUUUAAAUCAUCGGCGAGCGGAAAGAUAUUGUUAUCGCACUUCGACGCAUUUAAGUUCCCGUCAUCUGAAGUGGUGCAGUUCCGUGCCCUGGUCACACCGUGCAUGCCCACUUGUGAGCCAGUGCAGUGCGACGGAAGCCCGAAUGACCUUCGCUCCGUCAUGUCCUACGGCCGCAGGAAGAGACGUUCGACCCCUGCCACUCCCAACAAUGACAUGCUUUUGGUCCAGACUAUCCAGAUUACUGACAAGUUUGCCUUCGACAAGCAACGCGCCAAGAACGUCACUGAAGACUCGGUUUACGUGAGAGAGACCGAUAUAACAUGCGUGAACGCCGCGGGGGCCAUGCUCGCGGCCGCGGCCUUCCUGGCAGCGCAACUAGUCGUCCUAGCGGCGUGGACCUGCAGUUGGCAGCGCCGACGCGCGGCUGCCAAGGCCGCCGAACUCCUGCCCGGACCUAACGCUCCCUCCGCUCUCUGCAAAGUCUACGAUGCCAGUUUCUCUCGUGCUCACCAGAGGCAUUUCUAAGCAUUUGUUGGGUGUCGACGUGAUCAGUGUACGCAAUAGUAGUUUAUUUUGGUAGUUUAAAAACCCCCAUCGAGUCCCAGCUCAUAGGGCAUCGUUCUUUUGAGCGCAGCCUGUACUCUCGGAGCGCAGGACGUCGAUAGCGGUUACGUAAUGGUGUUGUCGGAGCGCGCCUGCGCCGUGCGCUACGUACGGGCGAGGCGCGGGCGCGCGCGGCACGGACGCGGGGACGACCACGAGAGCGUGCGCGACUGUGGAUGUAUGUGAGGCCAGUGCGAACAGUUUCCGCCUGUGAGUGUGUGUAUAGUGUGACGACGCUCGCUUGUCCCCGUGUCCGGCGCCGACGGCGGGACCCCGGCCGUGAGUCGUUAUCGAGAUCACGUCGCUCAUUCGUUCACUUUACGCUCGGACUUCCUCAUGUACGGAAGUCCGAAAACGUAUUGUACCAUAUUUUUUUUAAAGUAGAAUAAGCCUGAUUUUAAUGAUAGUAAUAAGUAAAAAGUAACAUUUCAGUACCUAUAAGUAGAUAACCGAACGUGCGACCUAAGUCAAGAGACGAUGGAUUGACGGCCGUCCCGACAUCGUAAUUUAUUUAAUUUAGAAUAGUUUCUUUUUUACAUAAUUUAUGUUUGAAAAUCGAAUUAUACCUAUUUAAUAAAUUCCUAAUAUAAAUAAAUACCUAAACAAAUAGUAGCUUACGUUUCCAACAUGUGCUAUUUUCUACAAUAUAAACUGAAAGUAUUUUUAUGUAAUACUAGUGCCUUAAAAUUGAAGUGUUAAUAGCAUUA